AUGGCAUGUUUUUCACUAUUAAUACAAACAAUGAAACGAUUUCUACUGUUAGCGAACCCGAGAACUGGAUCCGAAUAUUUGUCCACUUUAUUGAGAAGUCAUCCCGAGAUAGGACUCGACGGCGAACUACUCAAUGAUGAACACAAUCUUCCCGACGAUGUCCUCCAAUACUGUGGCCAACAAUUGUCUAAAUUUGAGCAGAAAUUUGUAUUUCCCGAACAGAUCUUCAAACGUAAGUUACGUUUCGAUGAAUUGGUCCGACAUUUGGGCGCAGAUGUGGUGAUAGUGUUGUGGAGGAAAUCCAUUGCCGAACAGUUGUCUUCACUCAGAAUUGCAGAAAAGACUGGCGUCUGGUUUGAAGGCGUGGAAGACUUCAACAAUAAUCAUAAGAAUGGCCUAAAAGUGAAGACAAGUAUUUCAGACCAAGAAAUGAGAGAAUAUCACGAGUUUUUGGUGAAAGAUUGGCAAACAAUUGGCAGUCAAUGGCCUAUAGAUAUAAUCCCGAUAUAUGUCUGUUACGAAGAUUUGAUUGCGGAUCCGUUGACACAAUUGCGGCAAAUCAUGGCUCGUUUGAGUUGUGAUAUGGAAACCUAUGUCUUCACGAGUCCCGGAGCCGUCAAACCAGCGGUUCCGCCAUCGGAUAAGAUUGAAAAUUGGGCGCAAAUAAGCGAUGAAUUAAAAGUAAUGGAUUGCAUCGAGAAAAACCUGAACGUGAAAUGUCAAGCCCUGGACUUUGUUCCCGAUCCCGAGCCCCCGAUGCCAUCAAAGGGCUGGCGAUAUAACGUUUGCGCGCCUUUUAUGCCUAAUGAGGCCAAAGACAAUGUAAUCCAAGCGCUGGUCUCGGGUUCGGUGUCUUCGGCCGGUUUUUGGCCCAAAGAAAUGGCCGAUAAGUUGCGUAAAGUAUUUGACUGUCCGGUGGCUCAGCCGUGCAGUAAUGGCUUCACAUCUUUGGUGAUAACAAUGCAAUCACUGGGUUUGAGAAGUGAUGAUGAGGUUAUUAUGCCUUCACUAACAAUGAUAGCGGUUCCCAAUGCGGUCGCAUUCUUAGGAGCCGUACCUGUAUUUGCCGACUGCGCUGACGGGCAGUACAAUCCCGGACUCAACGAGAUAUUGGAUGUCUCUUCAGAGCGGACGCGUGCGGUUGUGUUGACGCAUACCUAUGGAGUGCCGACCGAACACUUGGAGAGCAUUGCAAACGAAUGCAAAGCCAGGAAAUGGACUCUAAUUGAAGACAUCAGUGAAUGCGUUGGCGUAAGAGUGCGGACAGAGAGCGGCGAAAGCCGACUGUUGGGCACUUUCGGUGACUUCGGCUGCGCUUCACUCUAUGCUAAUAAGAUAAUACACGGCGGAGACGGCGGCUUCGUUGUGGCCAAGGAUGCAGUACUCAUGACACGACUUAAGGCACUCGUAAACCACGGAUUUACACCCAAUUACCACUUCUUACACUUCGAGAGCACAAUGAAUGCCAAAAUCAAUGGUUUGGGAGCGGCUCUGGUGUGCGGUUGUCUCGAUCGCAUGGAUCAGGUGUUAGCUCACAGACAACUACUCUCUCAAUGGUAUCGUCAAUAUCUUCAAGACUUGCCGUUAGAGUUGAUGCCAGAGUGCGGUCCGUCUGACACGCCGUGGGUUUUCGGUAUUGUCUGCGAAACCAAACAAAUUCGGCACAAAUUGAGGGCAUAUUUGGCCGAAAAUGGUGUCGAAACGCGUGAUUACUUCUAUCCGCUUCACUUUCAACCGGCUUUCCGUCGAAUCACAAGUGAUCGCAGGUAUGGGAGGGCCGAGAGGUUGGGUUCGACCGGCUUUUAUUUGCCCACAUAUUAUGAUUUGACACAAAUCGACAUCAAAUACAUCUGUGAUGUC